AUGGGAGCAAAAGUUAAAAUUCAAGUAAAAAGCUGUAGAAAUUUACCAAUCAUGGAUAGGAGUAGUGGAUUAACAGAUGCCUAUGUUGUUGUUAAAUGUGGUAGUGAAUAUCAAUUUAAAACACCUGUCUGUAGGAAAACUUUAAAUCCAUCAUGGAAUAUUGACGCUUUUAGAUUUGAAGUGCCGAAUAAUGAUUAUUUACAGGAAAAUGUAAUUGAAUUUAAAAUUAUUGAUUAUGAUGUAGUUACACAGGAUGAUGUAAUCGGAACAGUUAUUGUUGAUACUAAUUUAUUAGCCUUGAAUCAGGUAAAUCAAUUUAGUGGUUGGUUGCCAAUUUUUGACUCAUUUAGAGGAGUUUGUGGAGAAUUGAAUAUUCAUAUCAAGAUUGAUUUCAUUCAAAAUAUUAAUCCAUACCGAGACAGUUGUCCAGAAGUUCAAUUCUUUUCAUGUCCAAGUAUUUAUCCACUCAUGGAAUAUACUCAAUAUUCUAUAAGAAUUAGUGAUUUUGUUGAGGAAUUAUUAAUCGAUGACGAUCCAGAAUAUGAUUCGUUCAAGGAUUUAUUGAGAAGCAGUCGAAGUUCAAACGAUCAGAGACAAUUACUUCUCUAUCAAUUAUCUGGUAGAUUAAAAAGAAGAAUGGGAAAGAAAGUCCAAGAAGCUAAUGACAACAUUAUAUUUGGAUAUGAGGAAUGUUUUGAUUUGGAAAAUGAUAUUAUUAUUGUGAGAGGUUUGGGAACUAGAUGCAAAUUAUCAACAAAAAGACUAGUUGAAGAAAUUCCACAAAUAGCUCUACCAGGCACACCUCCAAUGAAUAUCAUUCCACUCACUGAUUUUGCAUCUUCGCCACUGGCUGCUGCUUCUGUUGAUUCUCCAACCAAUACAUUCAAUGGACAAAGUGAUGUGAAAUUAAUUACCAUCAAGACACUUGACUCACAACAUAUCAAAUACAUGGCAGGUAUUGUUCAAGCAAGAUCUGUCAAAUUACUCUCACCAGAUAUGAAACUAAGUGAUAUGCAAAAAGAAAGAGACGGAUGGUGGAAUGAAUUAAGAGCAGAAAUCAAGGAAAAUGCCAGAUCACUCGGUUGUACUCAUGUGAUUGGCUAUUCUGAACAAUAUGAAUUAUUUUCCAAGGGAUCAGUUUGUAUCCUUUGUGCAGAAGGAACAGCAGCUGUGCUCAAUCCUCAAUUUGAGAAUUACAAUAUUAGAAACUUGUCUGAUGAUCAAGAAGAAAAGGAAGUUGACAAGCAUAUUGAAGAUAGAUACUGUAGAAUGUUCCACCUUCCUAAGAAUAGUCCAUUCUUUAGAGCUGGUGCUUCUGUGUGUCCAUUACGUGGUGAUGGUUAUGUUCCAAAUAUGUUUAUUUCAACUUGUGAAAUUCCAAACAUUAUAGAACAAAGAUUUUCAUUACAACAAAAGCACUUUAUUGAAGCCAGAAUUUGUAGAACCAAGAAGAAGAAAUUUGGAGAAAGCAAUGCUUAUAGUAUUAGUAAUGUUCUACCUUUCGUGGUUCACGAUCUUCACAAGCAAUUUGUGCACAAAAUGAAUUUGUGUCACUGUAAUGCUGCUUUCAGUGUUUCCUAUAAUCUUGCUAUUAAUGACAAUUUCAUUAUUUUAACAUGUAGAGGAACUGGUCUGUGCAUUGAUGCCCUCCCAAGAAAUGAAAAGAUGAGCUUUAUUCUCCCAGAUGAGAAAGACAAUACUGACCAAAUAAGACUCUUGACAGAUUAUAGUGAUUACUAUUCUAUAUUAUUGGACAAUUCUAUUGAAGAAAGACAUGAAGAAGCCGAAACUGAAGAAAAUGUAGAUUCUCCAAGAGGAAAGGAUUUGAAUGAUAGUAUAUCUUCUGGUUCUGAAAAUGAGGAACUUAUUGAAAGUGGAAGUGCUGGAUUUGCUCUUGAAAUGGCAGAUGAACAGGAUGAAGAUUUCAUCAACUCACUUGUGGAACCUCUUUUACCUUGUGGAAUUCAUUUUACAACAUUGAAACAUAUUUCAGAACUUGCAUCCAAAUCAAUGUCUCAUCUUCAGUACAUCUUCUUAGAAAAGUCAUUCCCUCUCAAGACUGAUAAUGUUAAAAAGCAACAACAGUACAUUGCUUCACUUUUCAGAGAGUUGUACAUUACCCUGUCUUUCAAAUUAUUACUGCUUUCCAAUGAAGAAUUGAAUCAAAGUGUUUAUGUGAUGGGUAUUUCUGAAAAACUCAGAUUGGAAGAUUCAAACGAUUUGAUUAUUACCUUGCAAGCUAUGCCAGCUUUGGUCACUUCACACCAACUCAAAGCCAAUCCACAACUUGAACAAAUGAAGGCCAAUCUACCACAACUCCUUCCACCACUACCACACCCACAGUCCAUUACCACUAAUAUUGAUAUUGGAAGUCCAAGAAAGAGAGACACUUCACCACUCAAUAGAGGCACUUCACAAAAUCUCACUUCAAGCUUUGAAACUCCUGAAAUGCUUUUCAAUAUGGAUAUUGACCAAAAAUCAGAAACACCUUCGGUAAUACCUGAAGAACGUGAUAUCGAUAAGGAAUGGAUGGAAGAGCAGUAUGUUGUCAUUACACCAAUGUACUUUAUUCCUGGAGCCAAAAUUGAAAAGGUAGUCGGUGCUAUUACACAACACCUUGUUAGAGAGUCCACCAAUGUAGUCCAAUUCAGUUCCUUCCAACAGGAAUGCAUCAUGGAAGCAACUUCCAUCAUUAGAGCACACACUAAGGCCAUCGACUGCAAUGCCCUCAUUAAUUAUUCUGUCAAAUUCCAUGCUGUGUUAGAUAAUCCAUCUAAGAAGCAAGCUUACAUCAUGCUGACAAUUUCUGGUGAUGCUUGUAAGGUUUCCUACUCUUCCUCCUCAGGCCUUCAAAGAUUAACAGAAUUAUCCAAAUAA